UGUGCUACAUGAUCAACUAUUUGCCAGGAUAUGGGUUUGUGAUAGGGGCCUUGUUUCAACUGUUGGAAUUUUGUCUUUUGGGCACAAUUUACACCGUUCAGAACGAAGCGAUGAUUCGAUCCAUCUACGAGGUCAAGUGGUAUCUUUUACCAGCGGAUGAACGACGCAUGUGGAGCUUCAUGCUUCACAAGAGUCAGAAUGCGGUUAAUCUGACGAUCGGUGGUUUAGCGGUGCUCAACGUGGAAACCUUUGUUGAGAUUAUUAAAACAAUUUAUCAGUGUUUUGCAAUGUUAAUUAACUUUGUUAAAUAAUAAACAAGG